AGAACACUUUUAGUCACAAUAACAUUGGAUUAUACAAGGCCCCAACCACACAGCCCUAGAGCAGGAGACAUGUCUACACUGCAGUCUAACAGUCUCACAGCCGACCAUCACAUAACAGAGAAACAGUAGAACUAGGACCUGGAGUUUUUCCUGGUCAUGUGGUCAGUACCACAGUGUUCCUAUUGGUUUCCCAUUUCACCAUGAUGUGUGUGUGUGUGUGCGCGUGUCUCCACGACAGGAUGCUGAGGAGUAACCAGCUAGGCUGUGUGGACAACACCACCUUCACAGGCCUGAGCUCCGUACGCCUGCUGUCUCUCUAUGACAACCGGAUCUCCACCAUCGCCCCGGGAGCCUUCACCACACUGCACUCCCUCUCCACCAUGGCUAACUUAGAGCCGGGAGGCAGCAAGUGUUUCCGGUGGGUGCGACCUAUUCAUAACCUGCUGUCCAACCCCUAUGUGUGUGACUGUCACCUGGCCUGGCUGGGUCUGUGGCUGAAGAAGACCAGGGUUGUGAGUGGGAACCCUCGCUGUCAAAAACCUGCCUUCCUCAAGGAGAUCCCCAUCCAGGAUGUGGCUAAACCCGAUUUCACCUGCGUCG